AUGGCGUCGAAACUCUCUGUCGUCGCCGGACUGGCGUCGUUGAUUGCUUGCUCACAGGCAGCCUGUGCCAGUAAUUGCGACUCUGUUGAGGCGGGAUACCAGUGCAGCCCAGAGAUAUCGCAGAAUUGGGGCCAGUAUUCGCCUUAUUUCACAGUGCCUUCGGAGAUAGAUGCCAGCAUCCCCGAGACUUGUGAGAUCACAUUCGUGCAGAUGCUGUCUCGUCACGGCGCACGCGAUCCAACAGCCAGCAAAACGGCAAAGUACAAUGCCACCAUCCAGGCGAUACAGUCAUCGACAACGUCGUAUGGUGCUGGUUAUGAGUUUAUUGCAGACUACGAAUACACAUUGGGAGCUGACCAGCUCACUACCUUUGGCCAGCAAGAGCUCGUCAAUGCUGGCAUGAAGUUCUUCCAAAGAUAUGAACAAAUGACCCGCGAUACAACACCUUGGUUCCGGUCGUCUGGAGAGGAGAGAGUAGUUGAAUCGGCUUUGAACUGGACGCAAGGAUUUCACCAAGCACGCUUGGCUUCCGGCGGCAGCAGCUCAGACGGUUACCCUUGGGAUAUCCUGACCAUCUCCGAGGACGAGGGUGUCAAUAACACGCUUAGUCACAGCCUGUGCACUGCCUUUGAGGAUGGCCCGGAUAGUGAGAUCAAGGAUGAUGCUCGAGCAAGCUGGACGGCCGUGUUCCUGCCCAACAUCACGGCACGUCUGAAUGCAAACCUGGUCGGGGCAAAUAUCACAGCCGAUCAGACCAUCUAUAUCAUGGACCUCUGCCCCUUCAAUACAGUGGCCAACUCGGCAGGAAACAUCUCCGAGUGGUGCUCGCUCUUCACUACCGAGGAGUGGGAGCAGUACGGCUACUACAACACCCUUGACAAGUACUACGGCUAUGGCUACGGCAACCCUCUCGGCCCUACUCAGGGCGUCGGCUUCACCAACGAGCUGAUUGCGCGACUGACCAACACCAGCGUGCAAGAUCACACGAGCACCAACACAACCUUGGACAGCUCCUCUGCCACCUUUCCGCUGGGACUGCCCCUGUACGCCGACUUCUCGCACGACAAUGACAUGACGACCAUCUUUAGCGCCAUGGGCCUCUACAACGCCACAGCGGCGCUGUCCAACGUCACGGUCGAGACGACGGCCGAGACCAACGGCUUCAGCGCCAGCUGGCUCGUGCCGUUUGCCGCCAGAAUGUACGUCGAAAAGAUGACCUGCGCCGGCGUCGAUGAGGAGCUUGUCCGCGUCCUGGUCAAUGACCGGGUCAUCCCGCUCGAGACUUGCGGUGCUGACGAGCUGGGCCGCUGCGGGCUCGAUGCAUUUGUCUCCAGCCUGACCUUUGCGCAGAGUGGCGGGUUCUGGGAUCAAUGUUUUGUAUAA